AUGAGUGAUCCCAGUAGUGAAGAGGCUCGGGAGCAAAUUCUAGUUGAGAGCCUCUUGGAACUGUCGGGCGAGCAUAGCGUGACACACUACGAACCCCUUCAGACAGUAAUGAUGCAGCCCGUCAAGCCCCGGACUUUUUCAGUUCGGGGCCCUACGGACCGCCCCAGCCACGUUUUCUGGCUUUAUGGUGACGGGGUCCACAGGCAUAACACUCGCACUCUGGCUCACCACAACUUCAAUCCAUGGGCCCUCGUUGUGGUUUACGGUUCUGAUCACAGGCCGCAUGGCCACGGCCAGGCCCGCUCUACAUAA